UCCAAAACUAGCGACAACUCCAGGGUGGGAGGAAGAGGAAGAGCGAAAGCUGGAAAUUUCGCGGCUUUGACUUCCUUUACAUUUUUAUUUUUCUUCCGUCAUCGUGUAGAAGUCUAUAGCUUGUAUGGAAGGGCCUUAUGAUCACCUUACGCCCGAAGUUUGUGGAAAAUCGCCGCGCAUUUUGCCAUUUGGCGCCCAGUCGGGCUGCCGUGAUGUAAUAUGGAUGUAAACGGAAUGGGAUCAGAAGUCAUCAAAACUGCUCGAUUGGAUAUCAACGGUGACAAUCACGAAACACGUUUACACUACAUAUGUCGUCUGUGAAAGUAGCUGUACGAGUCAGGCCGUUUGCAAGCCGUGAAAAUAACCGACGCUGCCGAUGUAUAAUUGGGAUGCAUGGAGCGACAACAAGUGAGUGUCGGCUCUCGUAAUAUUUAUUUCAUUCCCCUGUUAAUUUUUAAUUUUAAGUUUUAAUUUUUCAGUGUGGAGGGGCUGGUGGUAAAACAGCUGAAAAUGAAAUCUUGAUCAAUUGAUGUCUCUCCUUUACUCUUCUUCGGGAUUUGAAAAUAACAAUUUCUAAAUAGUGCGUUGGAAUUGACUAAUUUUACACGGUUCAUUUACUGAAUGCUUGUAUAUGGAUAUUAACACUUUGUUUUAAAAAAAUAAUCACUAGUAUAUUCACUGAUAUAUUUUAACAUCCGGAAGCAACUCUAAAAGUGUUUUUAAUUGUUUGGAAGCUUAUCAAUAAUUAAACAAUUUCAAAACUGCGAAAUAAUUUUUUACUUUUACCUACACAAUUUGUCGGUUUCAAAAAUUAAUGUAUUUUCAAAGCUUGUGGUUAUUUUAAAAUUAAUUUUGCCGUCGACCAUUUCGUUUCAUGCUGCUGAUAUUUUAAGUUGACUAGAGUUCUGUCUGUAUAUUAUUUAUGAAGAUUAUCUCCAGCAUGGUUACCUUGAUCAUGAGAUAAUUGAAAGGAAAAAAAAUUGUAAAAAGUCACUGGAUAUUUUCAUGUCAAUGUUGUUUCAUAUAUAAAUCGAUGGUGUUAUUCACAAGAAGUGAACAGUUGUUUUGUCUUUUUGCAUAUCGAAAGUGUUUGUUUUGAUUUUUCACUUUUAUAUUUAUCACUGAUCUGGCUGCAGCUGGGUAAACAUGGGAAAAAAUUUAUGUAAGAUCAGCAUGUUGUUUGCAAACCAACUUGACAUCUAGGGGGAAGUGGAAUGUAUGACAUUGGAAAAUGAGGGGAGAGAUACCUAGGGGGGCUGGGGGGGCAAUUUUUGCUUUUAAUAUGCCACGUCUGGCCUCUUGACACCCCUACCUCACCAUUAAGUCAAUUCUGUGAUCAACAAUAGACCCUAACUUAGUCAUGUUUGGGAAAAUGUCAUUGCAUUUAUAAUUACCUUAGAAAGCCUUCUACAUGUAACUAGGACACCCUAAUAUUAUUCUUACCCCCAAAUUCCCAAAAAUGUGGGACCCCUGUAUUAGUAACUUUAUUAUAGUCAAUCUAGUCAUAAAAAUGUGACCCCAUCCAGCAACACAUCCAUAUUACUGAGAAGUACCUCCUCGGCAGAGGACAGGAGGGGUUCUACAAGUCAGAUGCAAGAGCUUUGGUAGAGAACUUCAAAUGAUGGGCAACUAUUCAGAUAAGAUCAGUGGGAUUCCAAACAGAGGGCAUAACCAGGUUGAGUCUUCUUGCCCCUAACUCACUGCCCCUUAGGGCUUACAAGAAAUGGUACAAAUUAAAUGAGACAAUAUUCUUAGACCCUCUGCCUAAAAAAUCUUCUAGCAAUGCAAGCUUCUACUUUGUCUUGCAGGGUUAUUAAGAAUAUUAAAUUCUCUUACAGCUAUCCUCAACCCUAGAAAUCCCAGUGAAAAGCCCAAGAGCUUCACCUUUGAUUAUUCUUAUUGGUCGCAUAAUGAGGUAAGGUGUGAACAGGGUAAAGUGAAGCACUGAGGAUCCAUAUCUUGUAAUCUUCUAAGCACUGAAUGUUGAUAAAGUCACCUUCCUGCAGUAGCACAAAUUGUCUCUUCAAGACUUAAGACAUUUUAUAGCAGUACAACACAAACUGUGGUAGCAUUAACGGUAUAUUUAAAGGGAAAAGGCCUAACUUCUGGUUGGUGUGUGUCGCUCAAAAAUUCCUUUUCUUAUAACCUCUCUAUUGAAUGCAUUGUCUUAUUUUAUGACUGAGUUAGAAGGUGACUGGUGACUUGUGCCUGGCCUUUGCCUAUAAUUUUGGAUGAGAGCAUGAAAACUUACUUGCCUGACAGAAAUAUGUAUUUAUCCCUGAGACAGUUGAGACAGGACUGACUUUUGAGCCCUGAUUUUAUAGGAUUGUGUGACAAGGUGUUUUGUAAAUGUAUCAUGAUCUGUUUUUUUAAAAAAUUUUUUGUCUAUAGGGUGAUCCUCAUUUUGCUUCACAGAAGCAGGUUUAUGCAGACAUUGGCAAAGAAAUGUUAGAACAUGCAUUUGAGGGGUAUGUAUUAUUAUUUGUACAUGUAAAUGUUGAAAUUCAAAGUGAAAUUUAGGUUUAAAUGGUUUCAACCUUAAGUUCAAAUCUCAGUUUCUUUUGUUUCCUAACCCUAAUGUGACUAUUCAUGACCAUGAAUCGAGCUCCUUGCUUAUACGAACUUAAACUUUCCUAUUAAAUUUCAAAUUUUCAGUAAAUUGAAAUCCACUAGCUGAAACCCCUGUUGUUUUUCUUUUGUGAGUUUGUCGCUUCAAAAAUAUAUCAUAUACACGUUUCUUUGUUGCUUAUAAACCAUGUGAUAAUUCCCAUGAAUUGGAAUUAUGACUUUUAAUACACUUGAUUAUCUUAUUCUGUGAUGCAUGGAAAAACAUCAACUAGUAUACUUUCUCCAUUGACACCCUAGCAAGGGAUUAGAAGGGCUUUUCAUAGCAUUUUAUUCAGUAAAAUAAAGAGAAAGAAAUGUAAAAUUAAUAAUCAACUAUUAGAUAUUUCAUCUCCAGACAUCUCCCAAGCAUUACAAACUGUAGUCAAUAUUUUGCAUUUUUUUGUUUUUCAGUUACAACAUCUGUAUCUUUGCCUAUGGCCAGACAGGUUCAGGAAAGUCAUACACCAUGAUGGGAAAACAAGAGGCUGGCCAGAAAGGAAUUAUACCACAAGUAAGCUGUUUGAUAGUAAUAACUAAACAAAUGCCAGGCUCUGUAUGUGAAAUUAUUUUACACCCAAGCCUCAUCUUCCUUUAAUUGUUUGUGCUCACUUGAUUAGAAUGCGGGAAUACAAAUGUAGUCUAUAGGAAAUCAAGAUUAUAUACUUUUUGUCACCUGUUCUAGAGUCAGCAAGUCUACAGGCAUGCCCUGUAGGUCCCCCCAAGAUAGCAACAGGAUUAGUUGCAAGUAAAUUAGAUGCUCCGUCUGAACCCUACAGGAAAAGGCGGUAGGAGGGUUUGGUGUUACCCUCUGAGGGGAGGGGCUCAACCCCUUACCCUUUUACAUCUAUAUACCAUUUUUGACAAAGGUACCCCAUGGUACCCCCUUUACAUACCUACAUGUAGUUUAGAAAUUUAUAUCCCUUUAACUGCUGUAAAUGCAUUUUCUGUUAAAUAUGAGUAAAUGACAAAACUAAAAAAAUUAAUUUGCUUUUUCACUGUCAUAAAAUCCUUCUGUUCCCGUUUUAGGUCAUUUUACGGACCGAAAUGACUGAUUUCCCUACCCUUUCAUAUACUUCAACUAAUGAAAUCCCUACCCUUUCAUAUACCUGGGGCCUGAAAAAGACACCCCUUUCGGGCAGAGUCUCCCCAUAUAGGCCAUUAUAGGGAGUAUCCCCCCCCUCAUUGUGCCACAGUACAAGCUGUCCUUGAAGAAUAUUUUUUAAUAUUGUAUGCUAAAAUAUAGCUUUGCGAGGAUCUAUUUGAAAGAAUUGAUCGAGAAAACGGUGAAGAGGUGACAUUAUCAGCUGAGGUAAAAAUUAAAUAUUAAGUACAGUUUAAUUGUUGGCCUUGUGAGCUUUGGAUUUAAGUUUGGCAUCAUUUUUAUCACUUGUAUUGUUCACUUGGUUUUAUCUGCAAAUUAUUUUCAUUUACAGGAAAUUUAAAGUUUUCCCUUAUUUUUAUGUAGGUUGUAGCUUGCUGUGUUGAAAGAUCUGCGUUAAUGUUUUUUUUAAAAUUCUGAUGUUUUGAUCCUACAUUGAAUAAUGUGGAGAUGCUUGUUUUACAUGUAUGCUAUUUAGUGUGUGAAAUAGGGUAUACAUGCAUGAUGGACGCAAUGAGUGAUGACUGAAAUUUUACUUUUAAAAACUUAAUUCCUAGGUCAGCUACCUUGAGAUCUAUUGUGAACGAGUGAGAGAUUUAUUGAGUCCAAGUGCUGAAAACAACUUGAGAGUCAGGUGAGGUCUAUGUUCUAAUGAACAUUUCAUCCUUAAAUUAUAGGAUGUUUCUUACUCUUCCUUAUUAUUUUGAACCUUGGAAACCUAGUGUAGCUUAGGAAAUCCUAGCAAAUAGUUUUGUUGAAAGAAUGUGCAUGUACCAUGACUGUCCAUUUUUUUAUCUGUUUUGAGCUGGGUCCUUUUUUGUUUCUGUUUUUUUUGAAUAAAGGGAACAUCCAAUGUUGGGUCCAUAUGUUGAAGACCUCACCAAACUUGCAGUUACAUCUUUUGCUGACAUAAAUGAUCUCAUUGAUGAAGGCAACAAAGCAAGGUAUGAAAUGCUGUGAAUCGUGUCUUUUUGUUCCAGUCCUCGUUAAUUUGUUUGAUGUUAUAUACUUUACACCAAUCACCAGAACUAUUUGUUAAUACUCUCUUCAGCUUCUGUAUUCUGAAGUUUUUUCUGUUAUAGCUUAACUUUUGUUUGAUUAUGUCAAAAUAGAAAAACACCGUUUGGAACAUUUGCUCUGAAAGUUUUUACUUGUUAAUGCUGCUUUUGGUUGAUAUCUUCGGAACUGUUUGCUUUUAUCAUGAAGGUAUAAUGCACUUUGCAUUGAUGCUCCUUUGUCCAUUUGUUGUAGGACAGUGGCUGCCACAAACAUGAAUGAGACCAGUAGUAGAUCACAUGCAAUAUUCAGUAUUGUUUUCACACAGCGAAGGUAAUAAUAAUAAUAUAAUUUAUUAAGACCUAGUUAAGUUCUCAAUUUACAUUCUCUCAAUAUUAUGUGAACAACAUAGAGCAUUGUAAAUUAAAGUUUUCUGUGGAGCCUGAAUUUGUCAACUGAGUGAUCCAGUUGGCACUGGUUGGUGUUGAAUUUUUAUUUCAGGGUUUAAGCUGUUUUUUAUGCCCAUCCUUGCAUGGAUUCCCACAGUGGUUAUAGUUUCAAUAUAAGAGUCCCCCAGCAAGCCACUCAGUUUUUCUUUAAGAUUGCAGAACUCAUAAUUAUUAUGAAUUAUAUGGACACCAUUAAAGUACGCAUUUUGUGAUGACUUCCUAUCAGGCACACUACUUUUUCCUAAUUGUCAGUGUGGUUUGUUGAUUAGUGCAUUUCCCCCCUGACUUACCAGUAAAUCAGAUAAAAACAAAUUGUUUUAGUCUUUGAAAGUCAUCAACCAAUCACAUCUCAUUAAUCUCACCACAGAUAUAUAGGUUUUCUCUCUACCAGCUUUUAAGUGAAAAAUGGUGUUUUCUUUAGAAGUUAAAUGUAUUUUGGGCAAUAAUCUUUUGUAGGCAUGAUUCACUAUCAGAGCUUUCCUCGGCAAAGGUAAACAAAAUUUUGAUUAAUUUUUACUGCACAAAAUUUGGAUGAUAUAAUAAUUGAUACAUUUAUCGCAGUUAGAUUAAGUUGGUUAAAACUAGUAUGUCUCAUACAUUUGUUACAUGAUUGAAUAAACAGAAUUUAUGUCUUUCAGUGUAGUGGUGGAUCCCAGAGGGGGGUGGUUGUGGGUGUGGAUGGGCAGGGGAACCUAAUGUAUAAGAGAAGAAAAGCUUAUAAGAGAACUGUGUUUAAUUUUGUCCUUCAGUUCAUACUUUCAUGUAUUAUGAAGAGAAGGACUUAGAAUAGGGUUGUGGCUCUGAUAGCCUGGUAAUUUGUAGGUGUAUUAUUUAUGUAUUAACUUAGUCCCAUUCAUUGCACUGAUCUGGGGACCUUGAAAACAAAAUGGGGUUUGAAAGACCUUGAAAGAGGAACUUUAAAAAUUUACUUUAUGAACUGCCUCUUUACCAUAAAAUAUGUUACAUGAUCUCAUGAAUCAAGAUUGCCUGUAAUGAAGGUUACUAGAAAGAAAUAUGAGCAGCAAAAAAUGGUUGGAGGUUUGCUUCCCCCAUCAGUGUACACUGUAUGAAUUGACAGCUCAUUGUAAGGUAUAGAUAGGUGAACAGGUGACCUUUUUAAUGGAACCAUGACAACAGGUAGUUCACAUUUUUGUUGUAAGGAAUUAUUCGUAAUAGUUUUGUUUGUUUAAAACUGCAGGUCAGCAAGUUAAGUUUAGUAGAUCUUGCUGGCAGUGAGAGAGCAGAUGCCACUGGGGCUAAGGGAGACCGACUCAAGGUAUGUUUGUUAGAAGUAAGCUGUAUGAUUAUGUAUAAUUAUACAUGUAAUUAUGACACCAAUGUGUAUUAAUUUGUACUUAUCAACACAAUAGUGAGUCAUGUUGCAGUGGACAAUUGUUCCAUUCAGAAUAAAAAUUAUUGCAAUACUUCCUCUAAGUGUGCUGUGCUCAAGCAGGGUUAAAUGCUAGCAAGCUUUCUUUUUUUUAUUUUUAGGAAGGUGCAAACAUUAACAAGUCCUUAACAACUCUGGGGAAGGUGAUAUCUGCUUUAGCUGAACAGGUAAUCACUCAAAAAGAAAAAGUUUGACAAACUCUCUUUGAAGAAAAAUUUUAUAUGAAAAGUUUAACCUUGAAAAAUUCCCUCUUUAACAAACGUUGAUGUUGAUUCAGUCUGUGUUUUUUGAAAUUUGAUUUCUCCAGUCUUCGCACAAAAAAAGGAGAAGAUCUGAUUUUAUACCAUACAGAGAUUCUGUCCUGACCUGGCUUCUGAAGGAAAAUCUAGGUAAAGAAUGGAACAGCAACUUUUCUAUUGUUUUUAGAGCGUCAAACGUUUAUUAAAAGGCAACCAUUAUAUCUGUCCAACAGGAGGCAACUCAAAGACAGCCAUGAUUGCUGCUAUAAGUCCAGCUGACAUCAAUUUUGAAGAAACGUUGAGCACACUGAGGUAUGAAAGAGUACAUUUCUUACAUGUACACUAGUUAAAGCUUCCUCUUCAGUCUUGUCUCUGAAUUCGUCACUUCGUAGAUGUCAACCGAUGUUUUCAGAGUCCAUGGGUAUUGGUGUAUAGUUUGGCAUUCCAGCGGGUGAUAUGGCAAGUCUGUAGGUUUGGAAAUUUGACUACAGUCGAAAAAAGGAUAGGGUAAAGAGAAGGCUUUUCCACAUUGUUUCGUGUGACUAAAUUGUGUCCUGUAUGAAACCAACAUUGUUGACACCGCCUCUGAUCUUUCCAGUAGAUCUAUGCCUAUGUAUGUUUUCAGCUAUAUGCAGUUUAAUAAAAUUUAAUGACAAGGAGGUGUUAACUUAUCUUGUUUGUUCAUCAGAUAUGCUGACCGGGCAAAGCAGAUUGUAUGUAAAGCAGUUGUCAAUGAAGAUCCCAAUGCCAAGGUACUUACUACCAUUAUAGUGAAGCAACUGUGGAUUGGAUAUUCUGUACAUGAAAUCCUCUCUCUUACAUGUAACAUUUAAACUGAUACAGAUUAUUAGAGAACUGAAAGAAGAAGUCUUAAAGCUGAAGGAACUGCUCAUUAAGGAAGGCUACAAUCCUGAGGAACUUCAAUGUAAGUUGAAAAUGACCCCUUUUCUGCAGGCAAGUCCGUUGCACACCCUGUUACAAGCAAUGGAUUGGAACUUCAUGCCCUGACUGCUACCACCUUGCCAUUGUUUGCUUUUUAUUGAUAAUUAAGUUAACUUGACUUCUGUCAAGAGCCCAUGACCAAAAGUGAGUACCUGCCACACUAGGCCUACGUCACGGCAUUUUUACCCGACCGGUUUAUUUUUAGAUACAUUCUAGAGCAUUUUUUGCCAAGAAAAUAGAAGCUCCGCUGUGUCUAUAAGCGCUUUCGAAAAACAAGAUAUGAAGAAGGAAAACUAAAUAAGGUAAAAAAUACCAUUAGUUUGUGAGACUUUUGACGCCAAAAUCGUUCUAAAAGUACGCUGACCGGUGAAGAAGUCAUGACACGAGUAUAAUUUAUGUUAAUUGAUUGCUCGGGGUUAUGGACUCCUGCUUGUGUAAGUUGUCAUUUUUUAAUUUUUUUCCAUAUAUGGUAGCCGCACUGAAACAGGGCUCGAUGACUUUACCCAGAAGAUACAGCCAGGAUUCUCAAGAUGGAACCCUGGAGAGGCUGAAGGUAACAUCAUCAUGUACCAUGCAAAUCCUCUAAAUGCUGAAUUGUAAAUGUGCCUACGUAAAGAAGUCCUAAACGAAAAAUGGUACAAGUGCUUUCUUUUUGUGCCAAACAUUCGGCAAGUUAGAACCUUUUCUGAAUUGUUUUGGACGAGAUGGAGAAGAGAGAGUGAUUACGUCGCGAAAACUAAAUUUGUGAAAUCAUGGGAUUGGUUUGAAUAUCCAGAAAGAACAAGCUGAAAAAUGUUUACUUCCCAAAAAUCAGCCUGUGGGUUCAAAUUGGUGGGGAGAUAAAAGCAACGUUAUUCUCCAAUGACUCCAUAUAAAUCCUUCUAACGUCAAAAUCCAGGCAAAUCUUAGAAGGAUUCGUAUGGAGUCAUCAGAUCAUACCAGUGCUUGUAUCUACCCACCAAUUUGCACUAUCAAGCUACUUUUUGACAAGGGUGCUUUUUUCAUCUUGUUCUUUCUGAUGUUAACGAAGUCACACUUUUUUUUCUCUAUUGCUUGCUCAGUAGCCUUGGAGGAUAGAGCUUUUAGAAGUGUUUUUUUAAUCCUGAUUAUAGAUAUCAGAAAAACUUAUAGCAGAGCUCAAUGAAACUUGGGAAGAAAAGCUGAAAAAAACAGAAGCCAUCAAGCAGGAAAGGUCAGUUGAAGGGGUGUAAACGUUGAAUGUGAUUCUGGAGUGGAUGCUGCAUUUUCUCUAGCUUUUUCAUGGAAAUAUUUGUGGGUUUGAUCUUAUUUGAUUAUCCGCUGAGGACACUAGCUCGUGGAAGGGUCUGUGAUGUGCGUCAGAAAAUUAGAAUUAAACCCUAUGAAUUAGACCAAUCAGGAUGUGGCCCGACUUCAUUUGACCCUAGUCUGCGAGCAAGAUAUCUCCAUUUCGGUUAGUCGCGAGAGGUCACGCGAGAGUAGCACGCGAAGACGCGAGUGCGAGGAGGAGACGCGAGUGCAAGGAGAGGUGAAGAAAGGGCGAGCUUUUAUUUUCCCCCGGCCGCUUGCUCGCAGGCUAACUUGACUCCUUAACGAUGCCAUUCUAAAACAGGCAACCUGUUCGUUUGUGACCUCUUCAUUCCGUUAAUGACGAAUGUUGCAAUCGAUAACACGUGUUGCUGGUCUAGUCCACCAACACAGUAUGACAGGGUUUUUUUAUGCUUCAAGUGCAUUCCUAAGUAAAAAUGUUUCACAACGAAAAGAAGCAUGGUUGAUUCUACAGUGAGGAAUGUAAUAUUUGCUGUUCGUGUUGACAGUCUUUAAACCCCUAAAAGGUACAACGAGAAGAUUCUCUGUCCCUUUUAAACAAGAGUUCCUCCCAAGUUAAUGUAUUUAUUUCUUUAUUUAAAUAUUUUUUGGUAAAAAAUCUUGCAAUGCUCAAUUCUGUAGGGAGGCGAUGUUAGCUGAAAUGGGCGUGGCCAUAGGUGUAGACGGUCACACAGUGGGGCUAUUUCAGCCAAAAAGGGUAAGAAAUUAUUACUGUAACUGCUACUUUGAUGCAUAAUUAGACAUUCCAACCUGUACUUAAGUGGCUAUGUCACGAGGAUAUCGCUGAUUUUGGUAUAUUUCGUUCUGAAGUUCUUACUUAGUGCUUCAAACCUAUGUUCAAAAUACUCCCGUACAGUUAUGAAGAAGAUAUCAAACGGAACACUAACUAGGAUAUUUUUUGGUGGUUCAUUAAAGUGCUUUGGUAUGGACAAGGCUGUCUUGGAGAUCGAUGCAAAGGAAGUCAGAAUAACAAAGAAAUCAAAGAAAAAAAAAUUAAACGAAUGUAUUCGUUUUCUUUUUUAACAGAGACCCCAUUUAGUAAACUUAAAUGAAGAUCCUUUGAUGUCUGAAUGCCUUCUGUACUAUAUAAAGGAUGGAAUUACAAGGUAAUGUACAUGCAAAGUAGGAAAAAGGAGCUGACUACAUAACAAACUCAUCCACCACAAAAGCCUGACUUACCGUAAUUUAAAAUUGAAAAUUAUACUAACGGGUUUUGUUACUAGUAAUAUACAGUCAAACUUCCACUAAUGCAUAUGGGCAUCUCUCCACAACGGCCAGUUUUUUGGCGAACAGUCCAUACAUUGACUCUUGUUUAGACCUCUCUACAACGGCCACUUUCUUCUGUUUCCAAGAUUGCCGUUGUGGAGAGGUUCGACUGUAGAAACUGAUUCCGUUGUGGCUGACUGGAUUAUAUAAACAAUUGUUUCACGAGAUUUUCCUUCUUUUUUUUACAGGGUUGGCCAAGCAGCAGCAAAAAGUCAUCAAGAUAUUCAGCUGAGUGGAGAGAACAUUCUCAAUGAACACUGUCUUCUAGAGCACACACCAGGCAAGUAAAUGACUUUCUUCACUGCUUUCAAUUCAUCUAGAGUUAAACGAAGGAGGUGCUACUGAGUGAGAAGACACAGUGGUAGAUUCAGGGGUGGGGAGGUGGGGGGAUCAAUUGCUACCUUUACUCUGAGUUCAAAGUUUUAAUAACUCCUCGGCCACUACUGUAAGUUGUAAACCGCUUUGCUGUCCAAAUACUAAUUAUUUUUAUUAUGAAUAUACUUUUUUCUGGUAUACAGUUGAUCGGCCUACUAGCCUAUAGCUCGUGAUAAACAACAAAACGCGGAAAUAAUGUUAAUUCGACUACUUUUAAAGUUCUAUAUCAGUACAAUAUUGUAGUAACCAAUCAUUAUUUCAAUGACUGAUUAUUACAAAAAGUCAGGAGAACGAGACUGGAGCUUUUUGGUCCUGUAAGAAGGCAUGAAGUGAUGAAAAGAAAACGGUUAUCGAAGCUUAUCUUCCUGAGAAGCGAAGGAGAGAGAGACCAAGAAUCAAAUAAAACAGACAGUGAAGAAGGUUUUGGGCUCACUGGAAAAGGCAACGGCGAUGGCACAAAACUGACCGUUGUAUCGCGCUGCUGUGAGAGACGCUACGCUCUCAAGGGAGCGGUAAUGACGACCACGAUCAGUACUGGCAACUUAACCAUUCUUUUCCUUUUUUUCCGCAGGUGUUGUCAAGAUAAUACCUUGUGAGAACAGCCGUACGUUUGUCAAUGGAAGGCUGAUUACAGAAUCUACAGUGUUACGAUCAGGUGAAUGCUGAUUCAUAUUUAUAAGCCUAAAAACCCUUGAAUUGUCUGUUGUUGUUGUAAGCCGGAUCUCCGUUAGUUAUGUUAAAUAUUUUUGAAACAUACAACACGCUGUUGUAUUUUUAUGGCCAAAUCAAAUUGUAAUGCAUUCCAAAGUGGGAAGGUGCCUGAAAUGACAGUUUUUGAUCCAGGCCCUGUCCGCACUAAUGCGUUUUCGUUUGAAAACGCAUACAUUUCGAUGCGUUUAGGCCUUCCGUCCACACUAAUACGCUAAGGGUUUUGAUCGAAAACGCAUCGAUUUGAAAACGCUCUUGAAAGUUGAUCAAAACGAAUACACAUACAUGUCCUAUUAGUUUGGACGGUCCAAAACGCAUCAAAAUAAAAGCGUUGACCGAAAAUAUCGCAGGCGCGCGUGUUUGUAGCAGGCGCAUAGUGUUCAACUUACGGCACAACGUGCAAUUCUAUCGUUUUCGAACAUUUUAGUUUGGACAUUUGAGAACGCAUCAAAACGGUAGUGUGGACGCGAAUCGAUCGAUGCCUUUUCGAUGGCAACGAAAACGUAUACUUUUGAAAACGCAUUAGUGUUGACAGGGCCCAAAGUUGUUGAUAUUGACCUAAGCAAUCUAUUUUCUCUUUAAUUAAUCAAUCUUGCUUCUUUCAUCAUAGUUUCAGGUUCCAUCAGCUUGAGCAACCCACCCCCCCCCCCACUUACCACACCUCCCUGUAGGUCGCAUUCGCCUAAUUUGCAAUUAUUCGACUUCAGUCUUUUACCCAGAACCCACUGACGAAUGCUCGGAGAUCUGCAUAACCUUUGUUUUUCAUUUCUCCUGGGCAUUACAGCCGUCCCAAGAGGAAUUAAAAACAAUGCUUGCGCGAAAUUUUGGAGGGCAAAUAAGGUGCAUUAUGGGAAAUGCGGAAGUGGCGUAUAUUUAUUGUUACUAUUAUUUUUUUUACAUUUCAGGGUCGCGGAUAAUUCUGGGAAACAAUCACGUGUUCAGAUUUAAUUUCCCUGAUCAAGGUAGGGUGCAGUGUACCUUGCAGUACAUUUUUAGACGAUAACUGUGACCGUGCAGACAAUAUUUAUGUCGUGAAAUUAGAGCGUUAUCACCCUUAUCAUUACUUACGUUCUAAGCGUGGCAUUGUGCGACAAAUGGCGAAACGCACCGUCUGCUAGGUCAGCCAACAAGGUUGCCGUUUGCUUGCAGUGGAAGCGGCUACUUGCGGAUGCCAGGUUUACGUAGUUAAUCGAAGAAGCGAAAUUGUAAUUACUCAUUUUUAUUUUUAGCCCGUGAAGAAAGAAUUCGCCAAUCACGUGGAAAUCUUCUGGAAGAUAUAAAUGGUAUGUUUUUUUCCAGUCAAUUGUAAAGUUACGGUGAUAGAAAAUGAUCGUUCCUAGAUCUACGACGGUUUCCGGUUUUUUUCUUUAAGCUUCUUUUAUUAUGCAAAUUAAAUGGGAAGCUUGUUUACGCAAGCACAUAAAUUAUGUUAAAGAAGAACUAUGUAUUUAACCUUGCUGUCAUAAUUUGAUCAAGUUAAACCUACAGAAAAAAAAACGUUUGUGUCUUUGUUGUACAAGUUUAAUGUAAAAUAACCUUUUUGCAAGAAAUGUUGCUAGUAGACUAAAUUAAUUCAAGCAUAGUCACACAGAUCUCCUUAGUUUUUGCCUGCGCGUCACUGAGUGCGUGCGUACUUUCAUGAUUUCACAAACCGCUGUAGUAAGUUUGUCAUGUCCGUGUUUGCCAACUGUCUCAGUCAGCAAUAGACAUUUGAACCCUAUGACAACUGACUUGAAUUUAACGUUUGUGUCUUCAUAACACGUUGGUACUUUGGCACGUGGUAAAAUAGUCACGAAGUCUUAUCUCCUCGUUAAACGAACGCCAUUAGCUGUUUUAGAGAAUCUGAACAGAAGCGCGUUAAAGAGUGAAUGGUGAGUUCCUAGGUUACAGGGCUCCAGUGCAGAGUCUGGAGGGUGGAUGACAUGUUUUUUGCUUAUAAACUUGGCCUUUACUUUGGCGAGCUCAAUUGACUGUAUUCUGGAAUGAUGAGAAGUGAAAUUCCACCGCGGUCAAACGCUUUAGGAGUUUUACUGUAAGAAGAUUUUGUUGACUGUGAAGUGGAAGAAUGUGUAAGGAUGCAUAUAAAUUGGCUUGUUAAUGUAAAUACGAUUUCUCUUGUCUUAGAUAACGAAUUAAGCCAGACUUUUGGUUCUAUAUACUCCUUAUGAAAUUAAAAUAAUUCUGACUGAAGGCGCUGUCAAGUCUGAACGGUUUUGGUGAAGUUCCAAAAACAUUAGCAAAUCAAAACAGCGUCUUGGUAAAGUGUCAAACGUUGAACGUCAAAAAAUGAUCGCUAGUGGCCUUGAAGUACUUUGCUUUGCGUUUUUCUAAUUUCUCUCGUUUGUGUUCUCGUGAAAAAUGGUGGGAAAAAAAUCCGCUCCAGUUUUAGGCGGAACUGUAACUGUAACAGCGGAAACCAUGUCUGGCAUACAACGUCUAGAUGUGUGAAUCAUUCCAGUGUGGCUUCAACAUCCCUGUCAGAAUAGGAUCUGCAAAAGUAGCGAUUUUUGUUCUGAAAAAGAGCGAUCGAAACCACUCUUGGGGUUUGCUUAUGUUUGGUUAUUCCGCAGGAAAAAGUGACGGUAAAAGUGAAGAACCCGUUGAUUGGUCAUUUGCUGUGUUGGAAUUGUUGAGAGAACAAGGCUGGGAUGUAAAGGAAAUGAAUGACAGGUAUAAACGAGUCGUUUACUGAGAUCCAAACUUAGCUGAUCCCCGAAAGGAAAAUAAGAAAUAAGUGAAAUCAUCAUCAUCAGCAUCACCAUCACCAGCACAUCAUAAUUCGGUACAUAUAGUGGAGGAUAUGACUGUAAUAACGUGACAUAUCUUAUGAAAAGCGAAAACAUUUCGACCGACAUGUGCGAGAUUACUUCAUCAGGGACCCUGAAAACUGCAAAAAUAUUACGCGGCAUUCACCUAAUGCGAGCUACCGGAUUAUUUAUAAUUUUUUUUAAACUUUCUACCCUAGCAAGUGAAUGAUUAAUUAAGCAAUAUUUAGCCAUCGCUUCGACUUGAGGUUUUUUUGCCAUUUUUUUCCCAUAGAGUUCUUGAGCUAGAAGAGCAAAUAAAAAAGGAAAAAGAUCAAGCGGAUUUGCUCCUCGAACAACAAAGACUGGUAAGUAACUCUUGGGCGUCAAAGCUUGGGCCUAGAUGGGGUGCUUCGAAAAACACCCCUAGUAAAGCCAAGUGACUUCUGAUAAACUUGAAGAUUCUCCUUCCAGUUUGCCCUGUAUAUGCUUAUAAAUGAAAGAGAGAAUUUCAUAUAACAUCAGCAGUCUCUUCGCGCCUUAUUCCAUGCUCCCUUUCGUUAGAUUAUCUACAUCAGUCCUUAUUGAAAGAGAAGACAGCCAUCACCCGAAACCCAAUUUAACAGUCUUGGUUACGCACACCGUGGAAAAAGCAAUUUCCUGCGGCUUUCUCCCGCGGUACACUUAUCAUGGCAUUGUAAACACCAAGAUAACAGUAGUUACACUGCAAAUUGCGCGGUAGAGGUUUCAGAACCGCUCUAUUGGCAGGUUGUCUUGGCAUGAAGUUCAGGAAGCCGUCGCUUACUUUGAACGUUUAGACGUCUGCAUGGUUAUGUCCAACGAUAAAUUCAUCACGAGAAGAAACUGUUACACGCAAUCACACAAUUACACAGUUCUAUUUUUCCCCUGGCAAAAGACCUUAGCCUGCGGGAAAAUGGCCGGCCCGUGUAACAGAAACUUUUACUUGGGUAUCAAUAUGCCAUUCGCCGAGUUCCAAAAACCCACACUUUUAAAACCAGGCUAAGUGCAAAACCUCUUUUGCGAAAAUGAGUUCCAUUUGCGUGAGAAUAAAAAAUCAUUUUUAUAUCAGUGGCUUCGCUCUUAGCCUCGCUUUGAACAGAAUUCUAUGGGCCGAUUCAAUCAAACCUUUCAGAUAUUCGUAAACGUUUCCACUUUACUGUCGACAUAAUAGCUAUUUACUAAUGUUAAUUUUAAACGUAAGGUCAGAUCGCUAUUAAGAAAGGUAGCUGAAGUGAAGUAAUCAUCUUGAUGAGUUGAUGACCACGACUGAAUUGUUUGUUUUAUUUAGACCUACGAGUCCAGACUACAAGAAUUGCAACGACAGGUAAUUUAGUUAGAGAAACGAGAACCACAGACCCAUUUCUACAUUUACGUUCCUUUUGAUGAUCCAACAUUGCUCUAAUGUAUUCUAAGAAUUACAUCAGCUGUUGGAUAGAACAAUCUUUCAGUUGAAAGGUUGUAGGAUAAGUUAAGUUGAGGUUUAAAGCGGUGCCACACUACACUAUAUUCGUGAUCUUACGGAACAAACUUAUAACAGACCAAUGUACAGUUAAAUGCUAAGCGUCCGAGCCUUUGCGUGGAUGCGAGGCUGUGGGUGACGUUGUUUUGAUAGCCACCUCACGGCCAUCUCGAGCCAUAUACAUAUGCAUCAGAAGGUGAUUAACCCUUGAAGAUGUUUAAGAAAAAUCCAGUGAGGUUUCUAAGGUCCCCACUACCCUUGCUUCCACUCAACACCAGAAUACUCAGUACACGCUGAUGCAACUCCCCAAUGCAACACACAAUGAAACAACUUAUUUUUGCAACUAUUUCUACACAUACACAUACAUUCGUUUUUAGAUCUAGAAGUGUUAGUCCAUAAAUUUUAUUGCGCUGCUUCUAGCAGUGUCGCUUUGUGUAACGCUUAAUUACCCAUCGUCAUCUUUCUUAAAGUAGAGAAUAUAAUUUUUACUAUGGAAGCUUAUGGAGCUGCCACACAUACAGUUAAACCCCGCGACUAAGAACCUGUUUUUUUUUCAAGUCAGCCUAAACAGGUUCUUAUAUAAAAUGGUAGUUAGCACAAGUUUAGGCUAUUUAGGUUCUUAAAUAGGUUCUUAUUUACUGCAUCCUCGGAAACCCACUAUCUGCUCCUGGGUCUCCGAGGAUGUAUUUACUGAAGAAUAUAUAUAUAAUAAUAUAUAUAUUAUUGAAGAGUCAAUACUAAUCAUUCGGGCCCAUAUAAUUUGUACACUGUUCGUUGUAAAUCAAUUUUUUUAUUUGAACCAUUGGCAUUUACAUUGCACUGUAAUUUUCAGGGAGUUAUAAUAACUCCUCUAGUGGGGCUAAUUUAACUCCUUACAGUGGAGUUAUUUUUCGUGGAGUUAUUUUAACUCCAAAAAGGAGUUUAAAGAACUCUUUUUCAGGAGUAAAAGUGACCACAGAUUUUGAGGAGUUAAAAUAACCCCAAAAAAGGAGUUAUCCUGUACCUAAAAUUUUUACUCCACUUUCAGAGUUAAAUUAACUCCAAAAAGAGUGAAAACAACCCCUGCAAGGAGUACAAGUAACCCCAUUUCGGAGUAAUUUUAACUCCAAGACUGGGAGUAAAAAGAACUCUUUUCAGGAGUAAAAAUGACCCCAAAUUCGGAGUUAAAUUAGGAGUUAAAAUAACCCCAAAAAAAGGUUAUCCUGUACCUAAAAAUUUUUACUCCACUUUCAGAGUUAAAUUAACUCCAAAAAGAGUGAAAACAACCCCUGCAAGGAGUACAAGUAACCCCAUUUCGGAGUAAUUUUAACUCCAAGACUGGGAGUAAAAAGAACUCUUUUUCAGGAGUAAAAAUGACCCCAAAUUCGGAGUUAAAUUAGGAGUUAAAAUAACCCCAAAAAAGGGGUUAUCCUGUACCUAAAAUUUUUACUCCACUUUCAGAGUUAAAUUAACUCCAAAAAGAGUGAAAACAACCCCUGCAAGGAGUACAAGUAACCCCAUUUCGGAGUAAUUUUAACUCCAAGACUGGGAGUAAAAAGAACUCUUUUUCAGGAGUAAAAAUGACCCCAAAUUCGGAGUUAAAUUAGGAGUUAAAAUAACCCCAAAAAAGGGGUUAUCCUGUACCUAAAAUGUUUACUCCAUUUUUGGAGUUAUAAUAACUCCCUAAAAAUUACGGUGUGCAUUUGGAGGAUACGGCACCUAUGUGUCCAAAGAGGAUUCUGAAUGUUGACUCUGAAAUUCAGCAUUUCUUCAUAGAUUUUAGAAAAAAAGAACUUCUUUCAAAUCUUAGGCUAAACAGGUUCUUACAAUGUAUACAGAGGGGACUUAACUGGAAAAUGUUAGCCUAACGGGUUCUUAAAUUCCAGGUUCUUAGUUGCGGGGUUUUACUGUAUAGGGAGUAAGAAAUAUUUUGAAGCAAUGAGUGUAUUCAGAUGUAAACGAAAAUAUUCUACAUCUUGUAUUAUGAUAAUUCAUAACAAAAUUUGAUAAUGUGUUUAAUUGUCGUGGAUUUGGCACCCUUUUCGAGAAAACGUUUCCUAACUUUCUAAGUUUCUAAGUUAUAAUCCAUAGUAAUCUCUUCCGUUCUAAACCAUCCUGUUACGUCUUUGAUAAUUUUCUAUUUUACCAAACUAAUAUUUUUAGGUUUCCUUCACUUUCAAAAUUGAAAAACGAUAACAUAAAUUAUCGUGACAGACUGCUUCUUAACAAUUUUAAGAGAAAAAUUAAUAAAAAAUUCUUCAUGCUAAUACGCCAAACAAAACAAUAACAACAUGAAUAUUUUAAACGAUAACGAUACUUAAAGAACAAUAUCAACUACAUCAUCAACAAAAAAAUAACAACAACAAUUGCUAUUUCUAUUGCUAUGAAAGCAUGCAUUCUUAUUAUAUUUUUUUUUCGUAACUUGUCUUUUUCAUCCUUUAGAACAUUUCGCAGCAUGGUUCUUCGCGAAAAAAGAAAAAAUUGUUGAUCUUUCCGCAAACGAAAACAGCUCAAAUUCAUUUCCCGCCCAAGGAUUCCCGCCAUUUUCGUCAUGGGCGGGCUUCAGCUACUGAAGGCGUCUUGAAGGUAUUGUUGUAGCCUUCUGUUCUGGCGCAUUUCUGGGAAGGUCGCGCAAGCACUGGAACGCGCUUUGGCUACACGGCACCCAGGCAAAAAAGGCUCCAUAGCCCUCCCCCGGCCCCCUUCCCCGUAUCCCCCAUUUUGCUCUUUCAUCUUUACGCUUACCCUAUUGACCUCACUUUCUGCUAUUCCCAAGCUUCUUCUUCUUUCAAAAUCGAACAUGGCGGCUACACCGAGAAAACACUAGUUGAGUGCUUACUUUUUCGAAAACUUAUACGUCUGCAUUUCGAAUUAGCGUUGUUAAGCCGCAAACACGUCGACACACCUCGACGAAACCAUUAUUUUUUAGCUUGUCUCAAUAUCUGGAAGACAACAAUCUUCUUUUUCUUUGGUAAAAGCUCAACCCUUAACAAGGGCAACAGUUUGGAACGAAGUAAAUUUGAUAAAGUUUUAAUGACAAACGAGUUGUUAAAUAAAGCUGCCUAAUGCGCUGUAAAUAAACAAUCAAUUGUAUGCUAUAAAUUGUUCAAUAAAUACGGGAAACAGCCUUUAAAGCUCCUCAAAGUCUUAGGGAGACUAACUAAAAUGAUACUAACCUUUAAUAAGACAUUCUAGAAGCAUGCUUCUGGACAUUCUUAAACGUGAUUUCUCUAAGCCAGAACUGGGAGUAACCACAUUUUUUGUUAAAUAGCAGACUUCGAUGUGACAAGUCUCAACUCUAAUUUUUAAACUUCACUAAUCAUGUGUACUUUGUAAUGUUUUUAAAAAUUUUGAACAUAUUGAUUUAAGUUAAGGGUUUUAGAGAUUGCUGAUUUUGUGGUUUCUUACAAGAACUCUUUCGCUUCGCUGAAUAGAAACAGCUAUGUGGGAUAUCAUGAGUAGCAUAAGUCGUUCUAGGCUCUUAUAGUCGUCGCAAGUGUAGACUACGAGUAGUCUCCAUUUUUCCACUGGAUAGUAGAGCGUGCGAAACGCGAGCGCGCGUGAAAAUCACCUCACUCGAGAAAGGCGAGACGCGGUGGUAAGAAACGUCUCGCCUUUCUCGCGUGGGGUGAUUUUCACGCGCGCUCGAGUUUCGCUCUGUCUACUAUCCCUGAGGAAAAAUGGGGACUACUUGUAGUCUAUCGCAAGUGCGAACAAAAAGGAAAACAAAAAACAGCAACAACAAAAACAACGAUCCAACGCGAGAAUACAAGGACGACGAUUGCCCGAGAGCCUGUUACAGGUUGCAUUGUCAACUUUCUGUUUUCAGUCUAAUUUUGCAUAAACGAUUGUUUUGAAUCCUUCUGGGAGUACUUCAUAUUCUCAAGAGCAUUUGAAAACAAUCAAUUUACGUUUCUCGGAAACUGUCCACCUGCCUUCUCCCCUAAGACAACAUUUUGCCGUAAGUGAGAAGUAGGUGUUAAAGUUGGCUUUGGGGAGGGGUAGGUGGGCAGUUUUCCAGAAACGCCAAUGAUCCGUCAAUACACAUAAUCAUGCGAAAUAAGAUAUUUGUGUAUGCAGAAAAGUUGAUGGGAAUUAGUUUCAAACAGCUGCUUUAGGUAAUGUAAGUAGUUCUGCACACGUGUCAUUUUCGUUAGCCUUUAGAUGUAGUAAUUCGUAGGUCGUUUCGUACGGAACUUUUAUCGCAAGAUUCAUUUCAUGUUAUUGUUUAGAUGGACCUGUCAUCCGUUCAGUCCAGUGAAUCUGUGGAUAGUGAUAUUGAUGUGGAAAGUUUUGACAGUAAGUGACAUAUAUUACUCUUGUUCUAGCGCUCAAUUACAUGACGCGGAAAAUGUAGUGCAGAAAACUCAUUUUCAUACGCUCCAGAAUAGACUCUAAACAAAAAAAAGACAUGGCUGACAUGUCGAGAAGACAACUCGGCCGAGCGGUUAAUCUGGCGGCCGCCCUGGGCCCAUAAGGGGAAAGGAUAAUUUUAAAAGUCUUCAGUACUCUUCAUUUUUCUGACAACUAAACGAGGGCUUCUAUAUGUAACUCUGAAUACGUGAAAACUUUUUUGUGCGCAGUUAUUCACAAUAACAAUUUUUUUCUCUCCUCGUAAAGCUGGCGGACGCUGCGUUUGUCACGUCCGAUUGAAUUAUUCUGUUGUAUUUUUUCAGGCGAGAGUCCGCUGACUGAGAGUGAGCUUAAUCUUGCUGAACUGGUGGUGGACAAAUGGAAGUGUUACCAGUACACUUCACUUAGGGUUAGUUCCAUAACAUUGACAUUUUUUACAAAGUGUUGAUCACAACAAUAUAUUUGACUACUCACGCAUAGAAGUAUGAUUAAAUGGUCGGAGUAUAGAUAACAAAGAUACUGUCUACGUGACAGGGAAGGGCUAAUUUAAAACAAGAUUUUCCUUUCGGACCUGCUAGCGCAAUUGGCCAUUGAUUGCCAAGUUACAAAGCCGCACCCUCCCGGCUUUAUUGAAAUGUGGCAAAGUGUGAAAACUUAAAUGCAAAUGUUACGAUGGUUACCAUCUUUUUUUCUAUAGGAAUACAUUUAAUAAGAAUAUCAAGCCUGAAAUUUGAGAAAUUUUAAGAAUGUUUUAAGAAUAAACCUGAGGCUGAGAGUUUGAAAAGGACUCAAUUUUGACUGUUGAAAAUCUUUAAAUACAGUACAAUUAUUGCUUUCACCAAACGGCAAGAACCCUGGAAAUUGAAACCGCAAUACAUUCUAAAGCGGAAAUGCCAUAAGCAAUAAUCUGUUACUAAGAAUAAUUCAAGAAUAUUUUCAGCCUAAAAUCGACAGAAAUUAAUAAUAUUCAGCCUGGGUUGGAAAAACAAGAUUCUUUUAUAAAAAAAAGAGUGUAUUGGCAAUUGGCCGCUGAAUCAGAAACGUACUUUUUGGUUGUUUGUUGAGUGUGAACCGCCCUCGCCAGAAUUUUUGCGGUGUUUACUGUCAAUUCAUUUGGGAUGAAAUUUAGUUUCCAAUUGGCUUAACCAUGCUGGUUUUUAAGGUUUCUUUGGUUUGAUUUUGAUUCAUUAGGAUGACUUGUUGAGCCAUGCUGUCCUGCUGAAAGAAGCCAAUGCCAUAAGUGUGGAAUUAAGAAAAAAGGUAGAGUAUUAGAGAAAUAGCGAGUGUUGCCAAUGAACACGUGAUAUAGUAUAUUGAAGGUGUCGUAGUUUUGCUGUUUCUUGGAACGCCCUAUUAGAAAUGAUAAGGUCAAAGGGGAACGGGGCCAAAAUGUUUCUUGUCAUUGGAGAGUUAAAGCUUCAGGUACACAGCAAACGGCAAACGCCAGAUUCAAGUUGAGCAUUUCUCAAAAUAGAAAUUGAGCGGAUGAAAACAGCUCAAAACAAUUCUUAUGGAUAAAAAUUGUGUGAAACUGCUAAUUUAUGUGUUGAAAUAAUGAUCAGUAAACGACAAGUGAAGGCAGCCUCCUCCUCAGGCGCUUCGUUUUUGGCAAGGUAGAGGCGAGCGACUGCUGAUGAACCGCAAGGUACCAUGGAAAGGGUACAGACGGCAGUGUCUCCUUCCCGCCUUCCUUUGCGCGCACAUCUUGAUCGAGAGAGAGACGUCUGGGUACGAGGCGGAAGUAAAGGGUAAACUUGGUCACGUGGUACAAAUUCGCGUUUGCCGUUUGACGGAAACGUGAUGCUUAACCUCUCUGUUGUUUCUGGGAUCGUUACUGGAGACGUGCCGGACAGCUAUUGGCCAUCGUCCUUAGUAACAGCCCCAGAAGUCUUUGCGUAGAGCCCAUUUUGAGUUUAUACCACGUGAUACUGUGUUGGUGUUGUGGCGAAUUGCAUUUUGGGAGACAAAUUUGGACCCAGUUUCAAGCAAAACCUGGCAAUAACCAAUGAUGCGAUAGCGUUCCCAAACAGUGACACAGUGCGAUAGUCCGGUUUCGAAUUAAAAAUUACCGCUGAAUGUAAACAUUAACGACACAUUCAUACAGGGUUAGCCUCGACGUAAAGUAAAAUAUUCAGAAAUUCUGGCAAGUAAGUGUUUGAAAUUUGAAUAUACACAAUAGACAGAGUAAUAAACAGGUCUUUUUCUCGUUGGAAUUUGUGAAUAUAUUACUUCAGAUUGAGGCUAAGGCUGUAAAAAAUGCGUCUUCACUUCUUUAAUUCAGCCGUCAUAGCGAACUCGAAAAUGGACUAUUCAACACGGCUCCGACCCAGAUCCCACGCACAAUCUCAAAAUUGCCAAUACGUUAAACGUCUUUUGCUUUACUAUCAUUUCCAGGUGGAAUUUCAGUUUACGCUAUUGACAGAAACUCUCUACACACCCCUCCCACCAUUUCUUCUGAAAGACGUCAGACACCACAGUCACCCCACGGUGCUUGCUGUUGAAGUAAAGGAUAUGAAGCAUGGUGCAUCACAUUAUUGGUCUUUGGCAAAAUUACGGUAAGGAUUCUAAGAAUAGCUGCUUUCUCUAUGACUUUCUCUCGCGGCUCAAGAACUCGACAUCUUUAGUCGGUACUCGGACGACAACCGCCGAAAUUUGGGUCUAAUUUUGCAGAAAAGUGUAGAAAUGAAUGCUGUGACAAGAGGAUCACUGUUAUAAUGCUAAACACAACAAUUACAGUUAUAACGACAGUAACAAUGCGUUUAUGUAAGGGGGCAAGAGAGGGGUUUUCAUUUUCUUAUUUUAGUACGCUACACUUCUUCUUCUUAAGAUAAAAAUGGGAUCGUUUUUCUCACGGUUUUAAGGUCAGUCUGUGAUUUAAUAACACGACAGAAGUAUGUUUUCUGAAAUCAGCUACAACACAAAGUUCAAACUGUUAUUUCCACUUUUUAGGGACAGGUUGGAGGACAUGCGUUUCAUGUACGAGACAGUUGCAGAGACCGCUGGUCACAUUUCUUUUGAUUCUGUUGACCCUUUCUAUGACUCGCUACCUUGGUUCAGGUUGAUUGGAAGGUAUGUGAGCACUCUGAAUAUUAAAGUUGAUCAUGACUUGUCUUUGCUUUCUCCUCGCCCUUUGUACUUGUCGUUCUACUUCAAUUUCUUGUCAGGCACACGCUCUAUUUUCUCGCCUUUUGGUCUUGUUACAUUUUACCCCCCCUCCCCCUCCCCCUCCCUGCUCUUGCUCCACUUUCCCAUUCUCUGCAUUUGUUGCAUUUUUUCGUAAUUUCUUCUUCCGCCGUGUCUUGCCGCACUCCGUUUCAUCCAGCCGUUUGCACUGGUCGCUCCUUUCCCUGCCCAUUGCAUUCUUCCCUUAUGAUUUGCACCGUUUGUGCGUUUUUGCUUCAAAACUUCAAGUUCUGUUAUUUUGGUUUAGUUUUCGUUCUUUUUUUUUAAUUGCUGUGGUUAUUACUUUUUUCUUUUUUUUGCGUUGAAGCUUAAUUGACUACCAAAAUGAAAUUCAUAAGCUGCUGUCGGUUUUGUUUAAUCAACAACUAGCGCUUGAAGCGACAGCCCGGUGAUCUCUUUAAGGUGCCCAACAUAACCCUAUGAAUUUUGCAGCUCACCGAUGCAGUAAACUGUGCAUUGAAGCGCUCUUACAGUCGGUUUCAGGAAGAGAGGGUUUCUCUGGGUAAAGCUGUUAACCUUCUCUUCCCUCCAUUUCCUUUGGUAGAUCUUUCGUUUAUCUGAGUAACUUGGUGUUUGGUGUUCCGCUGGACCAAUCAGUACCAAUUAUCAGUGAGUCAGGGGACAUACAAGGUCAUCUAACCCUCAGCAUUCAGCAGUGCACAGGUAAGACAUAACGAGCUGGAAUACCCUGGCGAUUAAUCCAUGUAUUCUACUUCCAAAAUCGCGCAUCCUUUCAGCGUCAAAAAUCAUGGAAAUAUUCGAAGAUAAAAAGCCUAUGGCUUUAUAUCAGUUCGAGUUACAGGCGCUAAAAAUGAAUCGAUUUGCGGCGUAUAUCGUUAUAGGAGAUAUGGUCGUGGUCUCGUUUUACUCGUGUCUCCACUCUUUUGUGCACUUUCUUGUCCUUACUUUUCUUGCUGUUUGCCCGUUUGCUGAAAGAUAUGAGCUUAGUUGGUUGCCAGCAACUGGUGUGAAGAUGAUGGCUAACUUGAACUCGUUCGUGUUCUGUUACCCGUUAGUAUCUACCGUUAAAUUUCCUACUGCAUUUUACUCUAGUGUAAACAAAACUACUAAACAAAUGAUUAUUAACGCAGUCUCUUUGGCCACCAUUCUGUGUGCACAUAUUGUCUCUCUUCUUUUUCCUUUAAACAACUUGAGUCAUGUUGUCUCCAUUUUGGUGCACAAAUAGUAAGAAGGUCCGUGAUACUAGGCUAUAGCAGGCAGAUAGGCAAAUCAUCUGUAGAAUUUUUCCGUAGCCCAUAGCUGGGAUUGAUGGUUUAUUUGAUUUCUGUGGCAGAUGACCGAACAUGGGAGGUUGAUGAAAUGGGGCGGUCGUGCGUGAUGUGGCUGGAUUUUAGAGGUGAUGAUCGAGAAAGAAAGACUGGUGUCGAGGUUAGUAUACUUAAAGUAAAUGAUAUGAUAAGAACACACAAUUGAGAGAAAUGGCUCAAUUUCGUGUUGUCCAAAGCCUUCUCAUCAAAGCGAGGCCAGAUGCACAACCAUUCAUAUGAAAAAGAGUUUAAUUGGCCUGUGAAUGAAAACAUGUUUUCUCAUUGAAGGCUAAGGGUAAUUCGGAAAAUCGCAUAUUAAUGACUUGUAUAAGAUAAUUCCGUUCCCGCCGGUCUAAUUCAGGGAGUUUCAAACUUGGAACCGCAGUAAUAUUAACCUGAGCCUUAUCCCGAUUGAAAUACGUGAUUUUCGCAAAUAUCCCUUGUUUGAUCAUGGCAGCAGUCAAGUCGCUAAAACAAGGUAGUGGUAAAGAGUCCUUAUUUUACGUCAGUAGCUCGAAAUGGUCAUCUUACUAACAAUCCUGAGACCGACGGUGCGUUCAAUUUACCACACCCACCCCCCACCCACCCCCCCUCUUUGUCUCUGUAUCAGUGCUCCGUUUUACCGGUAUUUAAAACUACUUAAAGCUACACGGAAGGGAAAGAAGUUGAAAUAAGGAUUUGAGGUCACACUUCGUCCUGGGAAUGGAACUCGGGACAUCCUGCACAGUAGGCCUCGCACUUACCAACUACGCUUAUCCUUGCUCCUUAUUCUCUAGAUUAGGUAAUUCGCUGGAUCGGACAAAAAAACUCGUGUUCUAAUCUGACUUAACUUUACAGGAGGCUGAGGAAGCCGCUGAAGCCGACGUGGUAACCGAGCCUCCGUUCUCCAAGGGAACACUUCAUGUUGGCAAACUUUACGUGAUCAUCAUCACUGUACUCCGAGCUCAGGGGAUUUCAGCUCAAUAUACUGAUAUCUUCUGUCAGAUAAGGUAAAGAUCUACCCUAUUUAUUUACUUUAAGAGGGCAUUUUUUUUUUGGGGGGGGGGAUGAUGUUGAUUUGGGAAGGAAAUAAAUUAGGGUAGAAAAGGUAUACACAUAAACCAGUUACUGCGCUAAUGGGAUCAGAGGCACCUUGUUGUGGUGGUGGACUAUCUGUUAAUUGUCUACCAAUUAUUCACUUCAUAUUUUAAUUUAUAACAAUCCCCAAAUCCAAUUGUGUCCAAUUUUCCGGCAUUUUUUAUACCCCCUAAGUUUUAUACAUUAAAAACAUUCAAAAAAUCAUCCAAAAAUUUUCCAGUCAUUAUUGAACCAAGGACUCCAAUCUAAUUGAGUUAUUUUUCGACUGAAUUAAAUCUUGGCUACAUAGUUAAGAAUAAGGGCGGAAAUAAACGAAGAGCAGUGCUUUUAACGAGACUCCCUCCUCAAUGGAAAUGGCGGGUUGUUAAAGUUUUUUAUCUGUUUAGUUUAUUGUUUGGCCUUGUGUACCGGUGGGGCCUGGCUGCUGAAAAGCCAUGAUUUUUGGCCUUUUACAGAUUUCUUUGUAGCGAGGAAGAUGAAGGAUUUUCUACUGAGCCAGUAUCCAAUAAACGCAGUGGUGAUCCUUUGGGUUUCUACUUUAGCCAAAAGGUAUGUUUCAAAUAACGCAACUGGUUGCGAUUCAGAUUCAAUUUUUUUCAACUUUUUUGCACUGUUAACCCUUAAAGAUGUAACUACAUACACAUUACAAUGUACCGUAAAAUUCCGAAAAUAAGCCCCUCCAUGUAUAAGCCCCCCAAACCGGUAACGCAAAAAACCCUCCUUUAAAUCGCCCCUCCAAAUAUAAGCCCUCCGGGGGCUUGUACUUGGAAAAUUGCCCUCAAAUACAAAGUAAAACAAAGCAAAAACGGUAAAUUUACCUCCAACUAUAGGGCUAGCCCAAUCCAGUUUGAAACGCAAAUUUCCCUCCGUAUAUAAGCCCCUCCGAAUAUAAGCCCCUCCAAAAAUAAGCCCAGCAAAAAGGACCUUUGAAAACUAUAAGCCCCGGGGCUUAUUUUCGGAAUUUUACGGUAUUACAAGAACAAAAAAAAAAAUAGAACAAAAUGACAUAAAUGAUUAAAGGUAAAAUGUGUGCAGUGACCAAAGAAGCUUUUAAAAGCUUUCAAGUAGAUCACUACCACGUGCAGUUAACUGGGGUAGAAAUUUACAUAAAAAUUACCAUAAAUAUGGGGGGGGGUAGUGAAAACUCUUACUUAUGUAAAAAACAAAAGAAAGUGAUAGAUAGUAUAGUAAUGAUGCAGUAAUGUUGUGUUGUCACGCAGUUGAUCUGUUGUCCAAACUCUUACUUAUACAAAAAAAAAUUGAAGGUGAUAGAUAAUAGUAAUGAUGUAGUAGUGACGUUGUGAUUUUAUGUAGUUAACUGGUUGUGACGUUUCUUUUUGCGUAGGUCGGAGUCAUGGUAACAAGGGAAUUCAUAGAUUAUAUCAGUACCAAACCACUCCAGGUUGAAGUGUUUGGUCAUUAUCAACAUCAUCCACACAAUCUGCCCAGUAAGCACCUUCCAAGGUACGACAAUUAAUCAAACUCGUCCAGGUUGCUGUCAAGAGGGAGCUUACGAUCCUGCAACACGGCGACGCCAAUGAAGACGACGUCCCUGAAAAAUAGACUUCGAGCCUUUCAAACUUUUUCGCGAUUAUUCCAAGUCACCCAGUUACUUAAAAAAGGGAAAUUAGUUUGAAGAGAGGGGACCACGUGCGAGUUCAGACGGAGAUAGUACAAACUUUCGUCUUGCCGUCUCCGUUCUCAAGUACACCUAAAAUUCGGUCAUUUCACGUCGUAGUUAAGUAGCAAUGGCAAAGAAAUGUACUAAAAAGUGGACUGCUAGUUCCAAGUUGUUGUUUUGCAGUAUAAAAAUUGAAGUUUCCGUCGCUGUUACCGUCGUAGUUUCGUAAGGUCCCUAUUGAAUCAUUAGGCCGGUACAUUUGAUUAGUUUUAGUGCCCUGUUCAACCACAGAAAACAAAGGAUUCUUCUUACUACCUUGGUUGUCAGAGCCGAUUUUGUUGACUCUACAAUAUGAACGUGACUAAUUGUAGGAGAUCGUUUCGUGCUACGAAUUUAACUUGAAUCAAUCAAAAUCCGACAAACAAAGGCUUCUCUGCGCUCUGCCCGUAGUUCAACAUCUCCACUAUCUACAGUAAAUCUCCAUUCUUUCACAAGAGAAGACAGUAUCAUUAAUGCUAACGCGAUAAUAUGUACAGAAGCAAUAACUCAAGUUAGCUCUCCUAUUGUUCUUUUGUCAGGGCUAUUGUGAAAGAAGGCAAAUUGGAAUCCAAGUCUGUAAAAGGUAACUUGAAAAGAAUACAGGCAGUCUUGUAUGUUAAGCAAUGGACAAGGUUUAGAUGGUGGUAUUCCUAGGUUUAGUCAUUAGUGGUAUUUCUCAGUUACAACGUCCGGCAACACUUGGCUUUGUUUAGUCUGUUUGGUCAGCUACUUCCAAGCCGAUAGUCACGGACCAUGUCGUAGAAACUUGUUUCCCACAGCAAAAUAAGUCCAAAUUAAUUUUGUUAAUACUGUAAACUAACCGUCAAGUUUUUUUGCCUUUACUGUAGUGAAAACCUAGCUUGACAAAAAUAUCAACGCGCUUUUAAGGUUCAACAUGACGGUCUCCGGUCUCCGGUACAAGAGUUCCCUCGUUGUCACAUUUUCGGAUUUGGUCGUCAAGGUUGAUUACCCAAUGAUUCCUAUGCUGGAGACAAGGUUUUCAUGUCUUUAACGUUUUUGACGCAAUUACAUUGUCUUUUUGUGCUUCAGACGCUCCAGCCUCGACUUCUCUUCCGCGCCAAAUCUGGUAAGGGAAAAAGUGGUCGCCUGUUAUUGAGCGAUUUUGUAUUUAUCAUUUUAAUUAUCUUUUCCAGUGUGAGUAUUAAGAGACCAACUAAAACUGAGUAAUCUCUAACCUGUGACGGCAGUUUAAUAAUUCCCAUUCAAAUUAAGGAUGUCGACCAGUUAUCUUUUGGACUUUCUCUUUAUUUAUUUAUAUAUCUAUUAUUUUUUGUUGCACACUUUCUAUUGAUUUGAAAUAUAUGAAAUGAAUCAUAUUUUGAACUGCGGAUUAACAUGAUCUUCACGGUUAAAUGAACAACCCUAGCGGUUGUUCAUUUAAGGUGGCUCCGUAAUUAAUACAAGAGCAUUUAGCUGUGACAAAUUUUCCGUCACAACUUUUUCGAUUUUAACGCGAUGGCUGCGAAACUUUGCAAAGAACAACAGAUAUCAUUCAGCAAUAAUACGGAAUAUUCCGAUUUCAUUGAUGGUAAAUAUUUCUUGAGAAAUUAGCGCUUAAAAGGACCCUACUGUUCAAAGAAAAUCGCGUCUAGUAAAAAAAUUUUGCUGAUAUUUUUUACUGAAAUUUCUGGUAUCGGCUUUAAUUGAUAUAAUAAAUAUGCCAGAGGAAUUUCAGAAAAAUCGUUGGAGCAGAAGUCCGUAACUAAAAGUCGCUCAAAAUUCUGCUGUGAAAUUGUUUUGGAAUUUCAAAAAUAAAUUACUAUCAGGAAGAAGGAGAUACCAGUUUCAAUUUUCGGGACAAGUAAAUUCAGUGUUUGCUAAUUCUGAAAACAGAAACCGAUUGCCUAUCGUGCUAUUCUUUAAAAGGUACUUUUCAGUUUUAGAAGCACUAUAAAUUGCUCCAAAACUUUGCUCUGACGUCGAAUGGCUUGUUGUCCUUGUUCCUCGACAUUUUUAAAAUAGCCCUUGGCAGUUUUGGUUCAAACUCCUGCUGCACACAUUUUGAUGUAUUGCAAUGCAUCCUCAACGGCUUUUCCUGCUGUACGUUGUUUCCAAUUCAGGAAAAAGGUAUUGGGAUUGUAAGCUACCUUGUAUCGAAGAACUGUCCAGCACCUUUGUUUAUGACCAGAAAAUGAGCACGAGCGGCACUUCUGCGAGGAAUUCGCACCUCAGCCAGGGGGGACGAAUGACAAUGAUGCCGAUGUCUGUGAACCGAUCUGUAUAAACAUGUUUUGCAGAGCAAAACAUAAUAAUCAAGAAAAAAAUACCCAUUCAUUGAAGGAAGCAGUGACAAAAAUUUCAGAGUUGUAAAUUUAUUCACGGGCAGUAUUUUUGCGAUAAUUUUAUUUUGGACUGUGAUGUUAUUCGGUUCACAGGCAUGGUCAUCAUUGUCGUUCGUCCCCCCUGGGUGAGGUGCGAAUUCCUCGCAGAACUGCCGCUCGUGCUCAUCUUGUAGUCAUAAACAAAGUUGCUGGACAGUUCUAUCUGAGCUCUGGUACGAGGUAGCGUCCAAUCUUAAUACUUUUUUCCUGAGUUGGAAGCAACGAACAGCAGUAAAAGUCGUUGAAAAUGCAUUGCAAUACAUCAAAAUGUAUGCAGCAGGAGUUUGAACCAAAACUGCCAUGGGAUAUUUUAAAAAUGUCGAAGAACAAGUAAUUCUACCUCAGAGCAUGGUUUGGAGCAAUUUAUAGUGCUUCUACAACUAAACAGUACCUUUUAAAGAAUAGCACGAUAGGCAAUCGGCUUUUGUUUUAAGAAUUAGCAAACGUUGAAUUUACUUGUCUCGAAAAUUCAAACUGGUGGCUCCUUCUACCCGAUAGUAAUUUAUUUUUGAAAUUCCAAAACAAUUUCACAGCUGAAUUUUGAGAGACUUUUAGUUACGGACUUCUGCUCCAACGAUUUUUCUGAAAUUCCUCUGGCAUAUUUAUUAUAUCCCUUAAAGCCGAUACCAGAAAUUUCAGUAAAAAAUAUCAGCAAAAUUUUUUUACUAGACGCGAUUUUCUUUGAACAGUAGGGUCCUUUUAAGCGCUAAUUUCUCAAGAAAUAUUUACCAUCAAUGAAAUCGGAAUACUUCGUAUUAUUGCCGAAUGAUAUCUGUUGUUCUUUGCAAAGUUUCGCAGCCAUCGCGUUAAAAUAGAAAAAGUUAUGAAGGAAAAUUUGUCACAGCUAAAUGCUCUUGUAUUAAUUACGGAGCCACCUUAACUGCGAAGAUCAUGUUCACUUUCAUACACUCUUUAUUGUUGCGCGUCGUAUACUUUUAGUGAAAGAAAAUUUGCUUGAUUUUUUCAGUGAAAACGAGGAAGGAACGCUGAAGUUUGAUUUACUCGUGUGGGUUGAAGUCUGUGAAAUGUCACCUUCUGGCGAGUAAGUUCUACCUGUCGAUGAUGUAUUCAAAUCUGACCGAUUAGCCCUCGAGCAAGCUCUCCUAUUUGGGCGAGCCCCGCGAGAACGCGCGAGCGGGGGGCCGAGGAAAGGCGCGUUCUCGCGAGAGUCGCUUCGCUCGCCCAAAUAGGAGAGCUUGCUCGCAGGCUACCGACCGAUGAGUGGCCUUCGCAGUAUAUCUACACUGUACUAGAUACCUCUUUUGUCGCCACAAAAACAAUUUCAGAUCUUCGCCGAUCAAUAUCCCCGGAAUGAAGAGCUUGUUCGCAGGCUAAUAUUCACCGAUUAAACUGCACAGCUGCAUUUCAGAUUUUGAAAGGAGAAAGUCACGCAGACUCGUCGAGGAAGCACGAACGGGGAGAGCUAUGUGACAUUGCUGUAGCACAAAACAGCGUUUUCUGUUUAACAAAGACUUUUUCUUGUUGGGAAUUUUCACUGUUUUCCGUAAUGUGGUUAGUUUUGGACCAGUGUAACUGCUUUGAAGAAGCAACACGCGUGCGCGUCUUGGCAGACGAGACUGCAACGAUUUACGGUGAUUUAGAUCGAGGCUAAUGGCCUAAGCCGGGUUUUACGGAAGACGAUCAGGCAGUUUUCGUUACCAUAACAACUCGUAUGCUCAGGCAACUUUUACCGGGGAUCUAAGGUGUUUUGGAUCUUUGUUUUUUAGUAUUGGUCAUUUUUAUGCUAGAGACGUUUUAGUCGUCUAGACGCAGUAAACGUCUUAGACGUUAAAGUUUUCUGAGGUAAAAACGGGACUGAACGCAUAGAAUUAUACGAGUUGGACAUAAAUACGUCCCAGUUUACGGUGUCCCGUUUUUAUAUUAGACGCAUAUAACAUCGGAGGCGUUUUCAAACGCUCUAGGAUAACAACGGCUAUUAUGUGGCUUUGCCAUUUACAUACUUUGCUGCUGUCCAAAAUUGAGGAAAUCUUUGUUUCGGAGCGGCCUUUGCUUGUGUUGUAACGUAGAUGAAGGCUUUUUAAAGGUACUCAACUGACAACUGAAACGAGUUUGCAACGCUCCCUGGCCAACGGUGGUAAAGACAAAGGAACUGACUGAUUUCUUUUUUUUAUACUUUUAGCUACUUUCCAUGCGUUCUCAGGCGAAAGGGUGAAACCACUCCAUGUGGUGGCGUUUUUCUUCUCCAUCAGGUAGUAUAUCUUGGUUUUCAUAGAGCUCACGUAUGAUACCUCCCGUGUACAUUUGGAAACCAGAUCGGUUUUGAGUAGAAAAAUUCCAAGAUUUGCUUGCCUGUUUUUUAAUUAAUUAAUAUUUGUAUUUAUUUUAACAUUUGUUCAGGGAAUCCAAAGACGGCUCGUGAUCACAGUGAUACACGAGAAUAACCCAGACAUUAGAAUACGAAGAGUAAUGGAUGUGGUGGUUGGUAAGCGGAUUAAGAAUUAUGUGUUUUUUUUCUUGUGAGAAUCUUCCCGAGUUAAAGAGAGUUAUAUCUUUGAAAAUAAAGCCAAAAACUGUGGCUGUGUUCUUAAUAGUUUUUAUUUCUUUACAGGUCGUGUACGCACGUCCCUUACCCCUCCCCCAGUUGGGGAAGGUUCGCUUCAUACAGUCUCUUUAAACGUGUUGUCACCUCAAGUCCAGUCUCACCCAGACGAAAACAAAUCCGUAUUCAGGUUCGAGGCGGCCUGGGACUCGUCUCUUCACAACUCUAUCUUAUUGAAUAGGUACAGAUGUGAAGUGUAUAUGAAAUAAUUCAUUUUUGAACUGCGGUUGUAGAUGAAAGUGAAGAAUGAUCAUCGCAGGAAAUUUUCCAAUUUAAGCAAUUGGAAAGAAGAAGCCUGAAAAAAAAAAUCAGGGCUUCAACGAGAUUCGAACCCGUGACCUCCGCGUUACCGGUGCGUUGCUCUACCAACUGAGCUAUGAAGCCACACAUUGGGAGCGAGGUCAAUUUAUUGAAUAGGUACAGUUAAAUGGUUGUCCUUCUUUCAUAUUGUGAUUUGUGUCAACUGCAAGAUUUAAAGCCACUGUCUCUGACUACAGUUUUUCAGUGUGAUGUUUACCCCUUUCGAUUUAUUGUAUUUUUUUAUUCUUAUGUUUCCUAGUAGUAGUGAUUUAGUUUUAAGUUAGGAGCUUGCGAAUAUGUCUGUUAUAGAUGUUGCAAGAUGAUAUAUGUAAAUGUAACUGAUUUCUUCUACAGUCGGCGACAAAAUUGUCAUGUGAGACAGCCCUCAAAUUGGGUACUUCGGAGAACUUAACAAUCUGCACCCCGUCCUCCCCUCCGUUCAAAGGUUGGGGUGUUUGUUGUUUUUCUAUAGAUAGCUCGUACAGCAUCUCAGCAUUGCUUGAGGUUUAGGGAACGGAAAACUUCAUUUUUCUCUUUAAAAAUCGGCAAAAUGUCAGUAAGGCCGUCUAGGGCAAAGUGUCUCAACUAGUCCUGUCGCCGAUUGUAGACAGAAGAGUGCAUAUUAAAAACCUAGUUGAGAUGGUUAAGUUUGUUCUUAGAAUCUUGGUUCCCAUAAUUAUGGCUUCAUUAAUCAUCAUUGUCUGAUCUCAUUGACGUGACAGUAACGACACUCGUUACGACCUUAAACAGCAAACUUCUUGCUUUCAUAAUAACUCGUGCUUAAAGUCAGUGGUGAGCAAUGCGUAUACAAUUCACUCAACUCAGCGCUGCCAUUUGUGACUUUUCAGAGUGACACCACCAGGGGAACUUGUGUUUGUUACCAUGUCAGCUUAUCUUGAGGUUGGUUCAAUUUGAAACAUCCUAUUUAUUUCUUGCACGGUUUAAUAAUAGUCUGUUUAGCAUUUAAUCGGAAAACUUCGGCUAUUUCCGUAAGGACUUGCAAGUUUCACUCCCACAGCACUUUCCACAGACAUCCCACUGGCCGUAUGUUACUGGUUGAAAUGGUUAUGCUUAAGUGAAACAAGCAUUGUGGGAUUUUGAAUCAUCUUUCAAGAAAUCUUUUCGAUGUUGACAUUUUUCGUUUAGGAAAACGAAAUGAGCGUAUCAACCAUAGUAUUCGGAUUUUGGGUGUAAAUAGAAAACAACCUCAGUUUCUGAGUUUUUCCAGAAGUUCUUGAGAUGUUAUACAAAGGUUUUUGAUAAUCGUUUCUUGUUGUCGUUCCGAAACAUUUAUAUAUAACAAUAUUGAAAUGCAGAUAAGGCCUAUAAUCGCUAUUAAAAUGUAAAGUUAAAAAUCCAAGCUUUUCCCGAUCAACACCAUCAUCCCCAGGAGGAAGGGGUCAUCUCAUGUGUUUCGUUUGUCUGUGCCCAAUUCAUCACUGCCAGUGUGACGUCACGUCCCAACGGGUGAGCUUCGGGUCGCUUUAUCAUAAGUGUGUGAGCUUUGUUGUUGCCUUGAUCUGCUUGUGUAAAGCAGAUAAAAGGCAACGACAAUUGUCAAAGCUCGUACACUUAUGAUCAAUUUAGCCAUGUAUAGCAAUAUUUGCCUAGCUUUUAAUCUUUUCCCCCAAAAUUGCACAAGCGACCCCAAGCUUUCGCCCGUUACUAUGUGACGUUACAUUGGCAGUAAUAAAUCGGUCACAGACAAACACAUGAAAACAAUAGAGAUGGCCCUCCCUCCUGAUCAUCCCUGUUGUUGAGUUCUGAACCACAAAUUGUCAUCCUCGAUCAAACAAAUGCUAGUUUAUCGUUUAGCCUGACCAGAAAUCUUUUUACUUUGCAGCUAGAUAACUGUUGCCAAACGUGUUGCAUUACCAAGGACAUUGCGCUUUCCGUUUUCGGUAGGGACUCCAAGACAACCCCUAGGUAAGUUUGCAGAUGAGUUGGAAAACGUGUCCCUUGAAAAAUGUCAUUCCUUAAUGACGUUGUAACUUAUUCAGCUGAUACGAUUCUAUAUUAUUACUCCUUUGCAGGUCCGCCUGGGGUAUCUUUAGCUCGUCAAGGCGUCCCGAAAAGUGAGUUACCAUACUUUUGUAGCAAUUUUAGGCUUCCAGUUUCUAGUAGGCAAUGUACGAAGUGAAAUCAGGUUCAGAGCAAAAUUGAAGCGAUGACCCUGAGGGAGUUGCGCAUGAGUAGUGUAGGGUGCACUGAAUUAUCCUUUUUGCGGAGGAAUCCCAUUUGCGAGCUCCACCUUUCUCGCGCGCUCCCCUCUCGAGGCCUUAUUCUACUGAGUCAGUUAUGCGUUUCUAAUGUAAUAGUGAUAACUGGCCAUUUUGAUAUUGGAGACCAGGUUGGUGUUGUGUCGAAUUGUACCAUGGGAAUGAUUUGGGCGAUGAAUUUUGAACAGUUUUACUUAGCUUUUUUGUUUUCUUUUAUUCUUUAGUGAUAAACUCAGUGAUAUAUUUGAGCUUGUUCUUCAUCCUGCUGAUGAACAUGGCCAGCGUAAGUAUGAUUCCCAGCAUGCUCAUUCUUCAGACUAUCAGUUGUAAUGAAGUUAAUUUUUUGCUUGAUAACAACUUGUCAUCGACCAUAAAAAAGGUUUUAACUUCAGCCCCCGGUUGUCUAAACGUUGGACAGCGCUAUCCACCGGAUAAAUUUCUAUCCACUAGAUAGCGCAAUUGAUUUCCCUAAUACUUAUCCACUGGAUAGUGAUUUAUCCGGUUGAUAGCGCUAUCCAACGUUUGAACAACAGGGGCCAGCAUCAUACUUAAACUUACCCACUAUCCAUAUAUCUACUUGUUUGUAAAACUAAACAAAACAAAACGCUGUUUUGAGGAUGUUGACUGAGAUUCACACAUUAAGUGUUAAGACCGACGAAUAUUUAGGUUGCGUCAUGAUGUCCAUAGUAGGAAAAUUCAGGUUGUAUGAUUAUAACUUUUUUUUUUUAGCAUUAAAGUUAUUUGUUGUUCGGUCUUCGAUAGCUUGUGACACUUUUUUCCUGAUUUGAUAACGUGGAACUGUAAGCUACUUUAAACAAUUUGAUCAUUUCCUUUUUCAGUUAUGAGGACAAAGAGGAGAAUAGUGAAGGACACGUCUAGUAUUUACGUCAGAGGAGAAGAGAACCUUGGAGAAUGGCGACCGAGGGGUACUUCACUGAUUGAAGAGCAUCAGAUGCAGUUGGACAAGCUUGACCGAGUACAGGAGGUAUCGACUAUAAUAUAAAUAUAAAUAUAAUUUAAUUAACUAGCAAUAUGUAAUUAUAACUUAAUUAUCUUCUCGCCUUAUGAGGCUUUUCAUGGAUAAUAAAACAAACAAUUCAAAUGGAACAUAACAUGGUUAAGAAUCCCAAUAUUGGUAGGAGGCGAACCAGUUGGCUAUUUUACAAGCGUCGCCGACAAUUUGAAGAUGCGCGAGACUAUCGAGAACAAAUCCAGCUAGCGGUCAGGGCAGGACUGGGACCCGGUGGUCUUUAUAUCUUGAUCGUGCACGCCUUCAUCGUGUGUUCGGGUGUUUGAAAUCCGAUACCUUCUACCUUGUCACGGGCGACGGGGAUUAAAACUUAAAAACGGAUGUUGGAACCAUUAUCAACCCUUCAUUGAUAAUAGACCACUAGUUGGAUUUUACGAAUACUGAUUAUUUGUUUAUUUUAAUGAUACUUAAUAACCUGGAAGUUCUGUUUGUUGAAGGUGGCUAAAGCUCGUCAUAUUCUGUCUCUUGGUGACAAGCUCAUGUCCUCUGACCGCCCCGACACGGUUGUGGUAGAUCCGGGUAUUUUCUCUGAUGACAGUACCUACUCCAGCCGUAGUAGCCUGGGUUCCAUUUCCCUUUCCUCCUCGUUUCUCUCUGUUGCGUCACUUCCAGCCGGGAAGCCUCUGCGUUUUACAAGAGAUGUUAACCCGGAGAAAGUCAAGGAGAAGUUACUAAAUAAGGUAAGUUGACAUUUACGUACGUUUAUUAUUUUAUUUCAUUUUGUUGUCUUCGUGCAGUCUCUACCGACGAGUCCAUUGUACUUACUUUGAAUUCACUGAAUUAGACUGUUUUGUUUUGUUUUAGUGUCUUCAUCUUUUGACUUGGGAAAGGGAUUUCAGUGAGCCUAAACCUUUAGUGAGUACGACGUUACCCGGUAUUUCGCCGGCAAGUAUAUAAUGAAUGAAAAUAUUUGACUCCAGCUAUUAUACAUUCUCGACAACUAAUUAUGCUCCCGCACUGGUCCUCAAUCCGUAGUGGGAUUUGACUACACUCAACUGAUUUGACUGCCGCCCGGUUAGCUCAAAUGGUUGAGCGUGGGUUUGUUGAGUGGGAGGCCCGGUUCUAAGCCCCGGCCGGACCAAACCGAAGGCAAGACCCUGCUGGCAGUGAUUAAGAUCUUGUCUCUGUUCAGAUGAUCUCGUCAUUGUGUCGGCAGUGUCGUUAAACCAGUGGCCUUAUCUCCUUCAUCCUUCUCCCGUUUGUUAAUUUGAAAGGGAGUUGAAAGUAACCCACAUUGCUGUUGAAAAAGAGCAGGAAUUGUUCGCCUGGUGGUCCGGUCUCCCGGCUCUGCCUAUGUCAGGACUUCACGUGUCGUUGGUUGGCUAGGCCACAGUAAGCUCCAGGGUGGAUAAAGAAAGUUCAGAAAGGGGUGAAAGGGGUGGCGGCGAUCCCUCGGCACCACCCCUAAAACCCUCCAUGAAGCUCUGUCAUAAACGGAUUGAUAACGGCGCCCAGUGCGCGCUCUAUUUGGACGUCCGAGUUUUUGCAGAUUUAUUACAUGAACAUAUGAAGACACGACGUCCUAUUGUUGUCAUCUUAAUUUUACUCACUAACCUAUUGUAUUGUGUGCGCUAGUAUCUUAGUUGUGAUUGGCUUGUUUGAUCAGAUUUGUUUUGAUUUUACGACGCUUUUAACUUCUGUUCUAUGCCAUGUGAAUCACAUGUUCCAUAUAUUCUUCUCUUUAGAAUCCGACCCUGACGUCUGAGGGUGGUUUGAACCAAGAGAAUGACAAAGAGGCGGAAGGCCAUGUGGAAUUCUACGUGCCGGAAGUAAUUCAUGUGAGAAAGAAGUAAGGGAACAUUUGCACCAGUAUUAAUGGAGCUAUGUCACAAUUUUUUGUCAUUAAUUUAAAACCCUAAAACCAAGAGAGGAUAAAGGGGAUAGAGAAGGCAUCCUCCAUACACGCCCUAUUCCAUAGGUAAUUCGUCUCGAGUUAUUUUUAAGACCGCAGAUCCCAAGGGGGAUUAGACAACAGCCAAUUACAUAGCGCGAAUGUGUUCCGCGUGGAUGACCCACGCUCAGAGCCAUGCGUCCUUCACGAAUGGAGGCAGAAAAAAAUGGCGGAAGACGCGGAGAGCAAUAUUGCUAUUCGUUUUGUCGACGAAAACGACUAAAGAGAGAUUUCUGCUAAAGCUUUGUCAGCGAAAUGGAAAUUAAAAAAGAAUCGCCCUUCAUGUCUCGUAUAGAGCUAACAGUACAGCAGGGAAAUCCUUAACACAGUGAAUAUUCUCUCAGGAUCAUUUAUAAAUUACAGUUUGAAGAGAGCAAUUUCUGGUUUGAUAUUUAUUCUUUUAUUAGUGUUUUAUUAUUCAACAAAAAUAACACUUGGUGUCCUAUAAUAAUAAUAAUAAUAAUAAUAAAUAAAUAACUUCUAGAGCGCUAUUUACAUUAACUGAUCAACAGUGCUUAACAACUUAAAAAAACUACAAUAAAAUUCAAAUUUGUAAAACUAAUUACUUGUACAUGAACAUUACUUGCUACUUGCUUUAUUGUACAAACGACCGGUUUCAAUAGACCGGCGAAAUUUCUCAUUUUAUUCAAGCACUGAGGUUACGAUAACUUCGAGUUAAACUGAUUUCACAGGUUCUCAAAGAAACGAGCGAUUUCCUUUUCCCAGGUGAGCGCCGACUCAUUUCGCUUCAAUAUUCAGAAAUGCUCUCGAUCUAUUUACGCUUUCAUUGCCUUUCACCCGACAUAUUUUGCAUGGCGUUUAGUCAUGCGAAACCUCCACGAAACAUCCACGCAGCGCGCGAGCUAACUUUAUCCCGAUUCUAAAAAUAACUCGAGACGAAUUACUUAUGGAAUAGGGUGUAUAUGGGGGAUGCCUUCUCUGUCCCCUUUAUCCUCUCUUGCUAAAACACAUAAAGAGAAGUCAUUACGUCAUGUUGCCAUGGUAGCAAAAUUCCUGGAUCUUCACAAACCGUGGUCCUGCAAAUAUGGCAGGUAAAAACAACGAAAAAUGGUAGCUCAUACUUUUCUUCCAUCUUUCGAAAAUGCAAAUGGUCGUCUCUGUCAAGAAAGGUUGUUUGAGAUCCAGAAAUUUUGCUACCAUGACAAUUGUCCUGCCUAUUGGAAUCAAAGAUAGCCAUAAAAUAAUGAUUCCGUCUUAUUUAAAUUUAUUCUUCGAAUAUGCCUCAACUAUAAGUGUAUAUCUCUGGCUUCCGAUGGCCAGGAUGGAAACGGAGUACAGGUGAAAAAAAAAAAUUGGGCCAACUUUUUCAAGGUUAAGCUUCUGUGUUGUUUUAAAAUGACCAAAUACCGGUCAUGUAUAAUUAGCCUCGUUCGGGAGAAAAAUUGUUACUAAUCUGAUUCAGUUGAUUGGUUCGACGCGUUUUAAGUUCGACGUCUGACCCAACAGAGGAUCUUAACUUAAUUUAAGUUCGACGUUUGGCCCAGGCCUGAGUCUAAUUGCUUCCAUAAUCUCCUCAGCCCAGUAAUAAGCAAACGAGGUUAUCUUCAUAUUAUGGACGACUGCAGCAGCAAGUGGAGCAAAUGCUAUGUUGUGAGUACAGUAUUUUGUUUUGAUUCUUUGCCGGAGAUUACCCCCGACAGCGGGCUCUCACUGGCCAUUCUGAGGUCGCAUGAAAUCUAACAAUAAAACAGUUUCCCGCCAAAAUUUUCUAAGGGGCAGCCUGCAAAUCUAUAACGUAAGCGGGUAACAGCGCAUCAUUCCCGCGAGUGUUGGCUGCUUGUAUGGCUCCGGUUUCUGUCAAAUAUCUCAUUGACUGGUCGCUUAGGAGACUAAUGACUAAUUUUAUCUUCCUCGUUGUUUGGGCUCUUUUUCGUGCAACAUUGAUAUCUGGGGGGAUAAAAUUUCACCUCAGUUUUUAUUGUUGUAGGUCGUUAGAAAGCCUUACGUCCUACUUUACCGUCAGGAAGGUGAUCCGGUAGGUAAACAUUUUUUAGUGUUAUUUUGAUCUGAUAAACGGCGAAAUUGCAAGGCAACUGCAUGUUUUAAAAUGGGUGGACUGAGGUGAAAAUGUUGUAUUUAGGUCUGAAAUGGGUGAGCGUCCAAACGUUCUUGUUGCAAACACCAACCAACAAAGUAGGAAGAGUACGUGUUUUGGGAUCUUUUGUUGCUGAGGGCUAAUUUUUGCUUUCUUGUCUUUCUCAUGUUAGAGAACUUAAGCAGCAUGACGACGGGUCAACGAAAACAACACAAAAGUGAUAGGUUUAGUUGUAAAACAACAACUCUACACGUUUACCACACCUUUUUGUACAUUUCUUUGGCGUCACUGCACGAUUACAAUGUGAAACGUCCUUACUGAAUGCGACGUUUACGACGAAUUUUUCUUUUUCAUCGUGAACUUGUACACAGCUCUUUAGAAUGUAACUGCAGGAAAAUUUGCCGAUAUUUGACCAAUUGAGCGAGUGGAAAUAAUCGCGGUAAGUGACGUUUUCGCUGUUGAUUUCCACUGUAGCGUAAUUUUUCCGUGCGAACGCACGUAAACUUUACGCGCGUAAAUAUAAUAGAGGUGAUGUAUAAAAGGCCGCGCGUAAACGGAAAAGUUGAGCGAGGUUCAACUUUUACGUUUACGCGUGAUCUUCCAUACAUCGCCUGUAUUUUAUUUACGCGCGUAAAGUUUAGUGCGUACGCACGGAAAAAUUACGCAACAGUGGAAAUCCACCCUUAGGGAGCUUAAGCAUUGACGACGGAGACGUCUUUUUUCAAACAUUGUCGCGUUUAUUCCAGUUCUCUGAAAAUGUCAAAUGUAGGCGAAUGUCCCUGGAGUUGAUUUCUCGGGAACCGCACUCAAGUUUAGAAAGAAUAAAAUUAGUCAUCGUCGUCGCUUGUGUACGUUUUCCUUAAAACGUGAAAUUAGGCGUUUUCACGUCGUAGUCGUGCAGUGUCGGUAAAGAAAUGUACAAAAAAGUGUAAUGUCAAGUGUGUAAAGUUGUUGUUUUGCUAAUAAAACCUAUUGCAUUUUUGCCGUUGUCGUUGCCGCCGCCGUCCUAUUUGCUAAAGCUCCCUAUUUCAAAAUUCAUCUCUCUUAUUCCAUGUGGUUCUACAGGGUUCUCAAUAAAAAGUAGGAGGCUCCCAAAGCCAUUUCAAAACAAAGCAAAGAAAAGCGACUUAAACAUCUCUCUUAUUCCAUGUGGUUCAAUAUGUAAAAUGUUGGAGACUUUUGAAGUUUGAAGUUUAUUAAUUCAUAAAUACAUAGCAGUACGAAAACUGGAGUUGAAUUCUAAAGGACUGUUGAACUGUUGCCUGAAUUCUAAAGGACUGUGUCUAUAAAAUAAGGGAUUAGGAAAUCGUUGUCUUGUGUUGGAGUCCUCAACAAAACUUGAAAUUAGGCAGUUUCACGUCGUGGUCGUGCAACGACGGCAAAGAGAUGUACCCCAAAAAAACUUGCUGCACGUACAAAGUUGUUGGCUUUAAUUUGUUAGUCUUAGGGCCUGUUUACGUGGAGGUAGGGGACCCAGGUAGGUGGGGUAACCUGCCUGUACAUAUAAUUUCUCAUUUUAGUUUGAUCACGUUUACAUGACAGGUGUGGUGACCCGCCACAUUUUGCCUCACCUUCCUGGGGUCCCCCACCUCCAUGUAAACAGGCCCAACGCUUAGUUCACUCGACUGUACCGGAUAGCAUUUGCUAGUUCUAUUUGCUCCGGCACGAAAACGAUAUCGGAUAGGGCUAUUGCCGUAUUACCGACCCACCAACCAUCUAGCUGUGUACGAAAAUGUGCUUCAAGAAAUCGUCAUCAUGGCUCUCGUCAAAAAUCCAUUCUAAUCACGUUCUUUUUUUUUUUUGUUACUUUCAGGUUGAACAGUUCUUGGUUAAUCUCAAGUUUUCCAAAGUGGAAUGUCCAGAAUAUUUCGUGGUGAGGAAUCCAUGUACUUCUAUCUUCCCUCAGUCAACUAUGGAAGUCUGAGAUGUUGAUGUAACUUUAAGUUUGAGAUUGAAUUAAUAAGUUAACCAAUUUUGAAUGUGACCACGGUGAAAGUUGUAAGGAUUUCAAUUCCUUUCUUUUGUUAUUGUUAAGAAUAACUUGGUGUGUUUGUUUUGUUACAGACGUUCAGUGUUUUCUCAAUCCGUACCAGACAGUGCAGAUUCCUCGUCCGAACAACAACGGAGAAAGAAGAGGAUACAUAUGACUGGUUGUACGCACUGAAUCCGCUGUUAGUCGGCAGCAUGAGGUAGGUAGAACACUGAAAAUUUUGCUUGUAGAAGAGGAUUUCCACAGCCAUGUGUACGUAUUUUUACAUGCAAAUCGCUUUUACUCACAUACACCAGCCUCCAAAGAGAGGGCCCACAUUUACCUAAAUAAGCGUUUCCAGGACCCAUGAGCCCCUUGCUUUUCUCACGGGCUCUUGGAGCCACCCCUUGUCUCCUGCGUCACGCAACGUUCCUGGAGAAGCGUUGCGUGAGGACCCAAAUAACGUCUGUGUAGGACUCCGGGAUAUAUGUUGUAGUUAUUUACAAACAAUCGAAUUACUCGUCGAGUAACGCUCCACAAUGAUGAUGCGGCGCGUUUCGAAUGUUUGAGUGUUGGGACGUCAAUUCAGAUUGUCAAACUUGAUUUUUACGUCUAGAGCCGGAGCAAGGGCCUCCUGCUAGAGCUUCGCUAUUAAAUGCUCUCUACACUUUAUAACAACUGUCCAUUUGUUUAACUUUUUAUGACAGGUCCAGAAAAGGCAGCAUAAAACAGGGCGCACAUAAGUGAAAGGUGCGCCGGGGAGACGCUUCAAUAGAUUCAGUCACCACCUCUUUACGACGGACACUUCCCUAAAACGAGCAACUGGAGUUGGCUUCUGUUUUUCUUCGUUUUUAAAACUUUGUAAUGCGGACAACUCUUUUAUUGGGACACGUCAGUUUGUCUUAAAGAGGGCUGACUCACUGUACUGUGUAUUGUAAAGUGCUGUGAUGAAUUCGUGUAAUAGGCCAUUGCCGAGUUCCCCCAAACCUCUGUUUUAAGACGAGGUUAAGUGCAAAGCCUUCGCUGUGAAAAUGGUUUCUUAUUCUUAUGCAUAUAACACUAAUUUUCACGAGAAAGGUUUUGCACUUGGCUUCGCUUUGAAAGUGAGGUUUUUUGGGACUCGGAUGCUUACUGACCACAGGGUCUGAAUUUGAAUUAAUACUGAAUUUCAAAAUUUGAUAACCAGCAGGGUUAGAUUAAUAUAUUUGGAUCCAUUUUACAUCCAUUUGAUCAUACGUGGUAUUUAUGAGUUAAUUCACCAUUUCUGUGCGAGUUUGUUAUCCUUCAGAAUGGGAUAGAUUAAAAGCGUUCCUGUUUUACAAUAAAAUAAUAACAAAUUAUUUAUAACAACCGAUCUAAUAGAUUACCAAGGUAAUAGAGAAAAAUUUCCAAUUUUGUUGCUGCAUAUCUCCAUACAUUGUUCCUCGCAUUUUUGUAACUGUCGAGACUCGAUCUGUCGCUUGCCCCUUUUACUUUUUGCUGACUCAGGACUAGUCCAUUUUACAGUUAUAGGUGGAAACGAGGCUGAAGUUGACCUUGUUUUGAUACAACCCUUUCUGCGUAAUUACGUUAAUCGUGAAACGCAUUGGUCGCGCGGAAUAAUGAGCCAAGGGACUAGGCAAGCCUAUUGCGACAUUCGCUCAAAAGCGGCCAUUUAUGGAACAAUGUUUGGAGAAAUGAUAGUCAGUCUGUAUGGCUUUUUUGUACAAUGUUUCAUUGAUGAAUAACCCGUUAGUGGACUCAUUUAUAUUUUCAAAUGAAACCAGAUAGUAACUUCAAAGUUUGAAGAUCAUAUUUUGGGGUAGCGUUUGGGGUAACGAGUUAUUGAGGAAAAUUUGCAAUAUUUGUUGGGACAAUUAUUUGUAUUUUGAUAUUCCCGAACAGGUCGGUUGAAUUGAAUUUCGGAUCAUAAUGUACAUAAUAGGUAUAAAUCAUCAUUUAGAACUGAAACUUUCUCAAGAAUUAUUAGACAAGAAUAUUGCAUCAUUGGUCAAUUUUUAGUGUUAAUUAGGGAUGGAUGUACCCUGGGUACCACAGGUUUUUUCUCGCGUGCGACGGGGAGCUUCGUUUCGUCGGCCGCAGGCCGACACGUGUUCGGCCGAAGCCCGAAGACACGAGCGGCGAAGCCGCGAGAAAAAACUUUUCGCGCGGGUCACUUUUUAAGACUUGACCGAAACCGGAAACCGCGCAUGAAAAGCCUCUGGCACCCAGAGUGGGAUGGAUGCCUUUUCAUAAACAAAACUUCCUCAAUUAGGAGGUGGCUAUUGGACAACUGACCUGUAUUUUAAGUAAUAAAUGAGUUUUAUAAACACAUUAUUCGGCUUAUAGGAGGAAGCGUCGUACCUACAACCAAUUAUUCAAUGAGGUUUUUUUGAUAAAAAAGGUAAGAAGAUAGAGUGUGUUUACGUCAGUGUCUGUAAAUAGUUAUCAUCCUUAAUAAUUAUGAUCGGGGCUGAAGGCUAACGCUGAUAACGCUUAUCGAGACCUUAAUACUUAUACUUGAAAGAGCUUAUAAACCUGUG